CAGAUCUGACCCGGUAGCCGCAUAUCAGCUGGCCGCCGCUGAAGCAAGAAGAGGACAACAAACCUAUGGAAAGCGUUAUCGCAAAUCUUUUCUGAAAGGGAAUAAAUUAGAUAAUCGCGGUUAUAAAGAGAGGAAGUAGUCUUCAACAGCUAGCGAGAGCGCUAAAUGUACCAGAAGUAACGGAUCUGGUUCUCAACAAGGUGGAGUUUUGUGAGCGAGGGCUACCCAUCGAUUGCGCUUUACGCUAUUCGGUUACCAGAUGCAGGAACCUGAUCGACAGGUUGCGCGAAGAUAAGAGCUGCCUUUUCUGGAAGUAUUAAACCGUUACACCAGAACAAACAAGCAAAGAAUAACAGUAAUUGGAUUUCCUAUAUGGAAUUAAAUGAAAGAGUUUUAAAGAAAUAUCAGAUUUUUUUUACACACAAUUCGCAUUUAGAUAUGUCUUCUGUAACGAUGCGUGAAUGACUGCUGUAUAUGGAACGAACACAUCCUGUCAUUUGAAGUGAAGUUUGUGCGUAACAGGUCGCUGAGAACACAACAUUUACAUAGAAGAAGGACUGAUGAAAACGAACCGGGCAGAGUAGAGGAAGAAGAAGGUAGUUAGUUUAAGCAAUAUGGCUGAAUUGUGGGGUAGGGGACACUGUCUGGAACUACUCAAAGAGUCUGGAUGCUAGUUAUAGAACAUGGCAACAUAUCCCUGGGCAUCGGUAGGCUCAGAAUAAUGCCUAAAGGUAAACAUAGUCACUAUCCGGACUCUCCCUCUAUCCGCAUAUCCAAGAUGGAUGUGAUCAUCCCGUUCUCCCCAGAUGUGCCCUGUGAUAGCAACGGGCAGCGCAUGUGGUGGGCUUUCCUUGCCUCCUCCAUGGUUACGUUCUUUGGGGGUCUCUUCAUCAUUCUGCUCUGGAGAUCUCUCAACUACCUGUGGACCGUCUGCUGCCACUGUAAUACCAAAAAAAAGAAUGUUCAUCGGGUCCAUCACCCUAUCUCCCAUGGGGAUGGCGUCAAGCACACCAAGGAGACGGUGGCUGCACUCAGCGAGGUGGGCUGGAUGACCUCCGUCAAAGAUUGGGCCGGGGUCAUGAUAUCAGCCCAGACACUGACGGGCAGAGUCCUGGUGGUGCUUGUCUUUGCCCUCAGCAUCGGAGCCCUUGUAAUAUACUUCAUCGAUUCCUCGGACCCCAUCGAGUCCUGUCAGAACUUCUACAAAGACUUCACGCUACAGAUCGACAUGGCUUUCAACGUCUUCUUCCUCUUGUACUUUGGUCUACGGUUCAUAGCGGCCAAUGACAAGCUGUGGUUCUGGCUGGAGGUGAACUCGGUGGUGGACUUCUUCACUGUUCCCCCGGUGUUCGUGUCCGUCUAUCUCAACAGGAGCUGGCUUGGCUUACGGUUUUUAAGGGCGUUAAGGUUGAUACAGUUCUCAGAAAUAUUACAGUUUUUGAACAUAUUAAAAACAAGCAAUUCCAUAAAACUGGUGAACUUGUGUUCAAUCUUCAUAAGCACAUGGCUAACAGCUGCAGGCUUCAUACAUCUGGUGGAAAACUCAGGGGAUCCUUGGGAAAACUUCCAAAAUUCCCAGUCACUUUCCUACUGGGAAUGUGUCUACUUACUGAUGGUUACCAUGUCCACUGUGGGCUAUGGAGACGUGUAUGCCAAAACUACCCUGGGACGACUUUUCAUGGUGUUCUUCAUCCUCGGUGGUUUGGCCAUGUUUGCUCGCUACGUGCCAGAAAUUGCUGCUCUCAUCCUUAAUCGGAAGAAAUACGGAGGGAGUUAUAACUCGACCCGAGGCAGAAAGCACAUCGUGGUCUGUGGUCAUAUUACCCUUGAAAGUGUGUCCAACUUCCUUAAAGACUUCCUACACAAGGACAGGGAUGAUGUCAAUGUAGAAAUUGUUUUUCUCCAUAAUAUUUCCCCUAAUCUUGAGCUGGAAGCCUUGUUCAAGCGGCACUUCACCCAGGUGGAGUUCUACCAGGGAUCUGUUCUCAACCCACACGACCUGGCCAGAGUCAAGAUAGAGUCAGCAGAUGCCUGUUUGAUCCUAGCUAAUAAAUACUGUGCAGACCCUGAUGCUGAGGAUGCUUCCAACAUCAUGAGGGUGAUAUCCAUCAAGAACUACCACCCGAAGAUCAGAAUCAUUACCCAGAUGUUGCAGUACCACAACAAGGCCCACCUUUUGAACAUUCCCAGUUGGAACUGGAAGGAGGGUGACGAUGCCAUUUGCCUUGCUGAGCUGAAGCUUGGCUUCAUCGCACAGAGUUGUCUGGCUCAGGGCCUCUCCACCAUGCUGGCCAACCUCUUCUCCAUGAGGUCCUUUAUCAAGAUUGAAGAGGACACGUGGCAGAAGUAUUAUCUGGAAGGAGUAGCCAAUGAAAUGUAUACUGAGUACCUGUCUAGUGCCUUUGUGGGCUUAUCCUUCCCCACCAUUUGUGAACUCUGCUAUGUGAAGCUAAAGCUGCUACUGAUCGCUAUCGAGUACAAGUCUGAUAUACGGGAAAGCAGCACUCUCAUCAACCCCGGGAACCAUGUGAAGAUGCAGGAAGGAACCUUGGGGUUCUUUAUCGCCAGCGAUGCCAAAGAAGUUAAGAGGGCACUUUUCUACUGCAAAGCGUGCCACGAUGACAUCACAGAUCCUAAAAGGAUAAAGAAAUGUGGAUGCAAACGAUCAAAAAAUAACUAUAACGGAUAUAUCAAAUCAAUGGAAGAAGAGCAGCAGUCAGCUGUUUCACCUAAAAAGAAACAAGGCAAUGGAAACACGAGGAACUCACCCAACGGUUCACCAAAAAUGACGAGGCAUGACCCUCUCCUCAUGCCGGGGAACGAACAGAUUGAGAACAUGGAUGUGAACGUGAAGAAGUACGACUCCACAGGGAUGUUCCACUGGUGCCAGUCCAAAGACAUCGAGAAGGUCAUCUUGACCCGGAGCGAAGCCGCCAUGACUGUUCUAAGCGGCCACGUGGUCGUCUGUAUAUUUGGAGACGCAAAGUCUGCUUUGGUGGGCCUCAGGAACCUUGUGAUGCCUCUGAGAGCUAGCAACUUCCACUACCACGAGCUGAAACCCAUCGUGUUUGUGGGUUCUCUGGAGUACCUGAAGAGGGAAUGGGAGACCCUUCACAACUUCCCCAAAGUCUCCAUCUUACCUGGCACACCAUUGAGCCGGGCCGAUCUGAGGGCCGUCAAUAUCAACCUCUGUGACAUGUGUGUCAUCCUGUCGGCCAAUCAGAGCAAUAUCGACGACGCUUCACUGCAGGACAAGGAAUGUAUCCUGGCGUCACUCAACAUCAAGUCUAUGCAGUUUGACGACAGCAUCGGGGUGUUGCAGGCUACCUCCCAAGGUUUUACCCUGCCAGGCAUGGACAGGUCCUCUCCUGAAAACAGUCCAGUUCACGGGGGGUUGGUCCGACAGGCUUCCAUCACAACAGGAGCCAAUGUCCCCAUCAUCACUGAACUAGCACCGUUAGUAAAAGCAGCAGGCAAAGUCCUACCUGUGAUUUCAUUCAGUCAGGAUACAAGCAGUGGGAUCAACAUACACAUAAUAACAGAACUGGUGAAUGACUCCAAUGUUCAGUUCCUGGACCAGGAUGACGACGACGACCCUGACACAGAGUUGUACCUCACUCAGCCCUUCGCCUGUGGGACGGCUUUCGCAGUCAGCGUGCUGGAUUCCCUGAUGAGUGCUACAUACUUCAAUGAUAAUAUCCUCACCCUGAUCCGGACGCUGGUAACAGGGGGGGCCACUCCGGAGCUGGAGGGUCUGUUGGCGGAGGAGAACGCAUUACGAGGAGGCUACAGCACGCCGCAGACCCUCGCUAACCGGGACAGGUGUCGUGUUGCACAGCUAGCCUUGUACGACGGGCCUUUCGCUGACUUGGGGGAUGGUGGUUGCUACGGUGACCUGUUUUGUAAAGCGUUAAAAACAUACAACAUGCUUUGCUUCGGAAUUUACCGAUUGAGGGACGCCCAUCUAAACACACAAAGUCAUACAAGUCAAUGCACUAAACGAUAUGUAAUAACCAACCCACCGUAUGGUUUUGAGCUGGUGCCAUCAGACCUGAUCUUCUGUCUGAUGCAGUUUGACCACAACGCGGGUCAGUCCCAGGCCAGCCUCACCCAUAGCUCCCACUCCUCCCAUUCCUCCAGCAAAAAGAGCUCCUCCGUCCAUUCUAUCCCCGCCACCAACCGCACCAACCGCGCCAAGAGCAGGGACUCACGGGAUAAACAAAAGAUGAAUAGAAUGGGCCAAGAAAAGACAUGCUUUAUAGAUGAGCCUGAGAAUGCAGCCUACCCCAGGAAGUCACACUCUAGUCACACAGCCAACCACCAGGUCAACCACCAGGUUAACCAGAACCCUUACAAAUCCACCAACAACCUCAUCCCGUCCAUCAGAGAGCUGGAGGACGAAUACUGAACUACAGAACCCAAUGUUGAGACCUACCGUACAACCCACCUGGAGAACACCUGGAACUAGAGCCCAAGAACAGCUAGAACCCACCUACAGAACACCUGGAACUAGAACCCCAAAACAGCUAGAACCCACCUACAGAACACCUGGAACUAGAACCCAAGAACAGCUAGAACCCAACUAGAGAACGCAUGGAACUAGAACACAAGAACAGCUAGAACCCACCUAGAGAACGCAUGGAACUCCACCCUGAUCCAGUGGAACUGGAAUCUGAAGAACAAUUUAAAGCUAGAAUCCUUAGUUGCUACAUCAAUUUAUGAACUUAUAAAUGAAUGAUCAAAACAUUAAUGCUGCAUAAUAAACCUCAUGGAAAAGUGCGUAUGUACAGUAGCUACAGUAACAUCAUAUCAACAGGCUUUUUGACAUGUUUUAUACAUAUGAAUAUGUAAAUGAAGUAAUAGACAUAUAAAUACAAUCAGAUGUCAAUCAGAUGUACAAGUCACUAAUGCUAACACUGUAGUUUACACAGCCAGUUCCUUAGUGACCAGACUCCAUCAGUUUAACCAUUUUGGAGAAUGAGGGUCGCUUCAGUCAGAGUAGCAAAGCAACGCAAUGCCAGAUAACAUAUGACGAAACAUUAUAAUAGAGUGUUAUCAAACUGGACUGAUUAUUUGCCAAUAAAAACCAUAUAUACGCUGUUGACUUUCAUUUGUACAAUGACAUUUCAAGAUUGACACGUAUCGACUGAUGUAUCCAGGAUUGGAUGGUCGUACUGCUUCCAUGGGUUUAUUGGCAAACCUGGUAAGAUUCAAUACAAAACAAUGCCAUAUGGUAUGACGGUCUUUUCUGUUAGACGCAGUCCCACACCAAUUAUAUUAUUAGCGGAUGGUUUGUGGACCGUCAUUGGGAUGAGAGUAAAAUCACCAUCUAUAUCACCACAAGCAUUUCGCUACACUCGCAUUAACAUCUGCUAACCAUGUGUAUGUGACAAAUACAAUUUGAUUUGAUUUGAUUUGGUUGAUAGUCAGAGUUCAUGUCAGAAUGGUACAUGGUAUUGUACUGACCCCAGCCUUAUUUCCAUUGGCCAGUUUGUUUGAGUGACAGUAUGAGUGUUGCUUUUUUAGUUUUCAUAUCAAAUCCCAAACAACCUGAAAAUGUUCGCUAUGUGUAUAUAUAUAUAUAUAAAUAUAUAGGCAAUGUGUGAUGUGGGUGGAAUGACACUGGAAAUACAUUUAAAAAACACAUUUUCUAUUAAUUUGGCACGUUUGACCUGUCAUUAUAAUGACAUUGCUAUAACCCAAAUGUGAGCUGUUUCCGAGGAGACACUGGAGGAUGUUGAGUAACGUUAGAUACAUAUUAAUGACCUUAAUAGGUUUACCUAUUGGAUUAGGUUAUACUGUAUAACCCUACCUAUAUAACCCUAUCAAUACCUUAUUGACUUUGAUAGGCCUACCUGAAACCAAAAGGGUAGGUUAUACUGUAAAAUGAUGAUAACAUCAUAUCACCAAGGAUGAGGUGAAAGAUCGAGCAUGCCACAUAUUGCAUAAAGUGGGCAUAAAUACCUGUAGCUCCAGUCCCAUUGCAACUCUCUCUUAGUACAGUAGAGGAAUGCUCACUAACGCCCUGGACCAGAGCUAAUGCACCUAUCUAUACCUGUAGACAGGUCCUCCUUUGGCUAUAAGCACUGCCUGCCACUGGCCUGCCUGGCACUGGCCUGCCUGCUGCUGGCCUGCCUGGCACUGGCCUGCCUGCCACUGGCCUGCCUGCCACUGGCCUACCUGGUGCUGGCCUGCCUACCACUGGCCUGGCAUGGAGGCACCGGAGAAGCGUGGAUGUUCUCCAUGACCAGUCCCAGCGCUGUACUCAGACAGUAGAAGACCAGUCCCUACGCUGUACUCAGACAGUAGAAGACCAGUCCCAACGCUGUACUCAGACAGUAGAAGACCAGUCCCAACGCUGUACUCAGACAGUAGAAGACCAGUCCCAACUCUGUACUCAGACAGUAGAAGACCAGUCCCAACGCUGUACUCAGACAGUAGAAGACCAGUCCCAACGUUCUACUCAGACAGUAGAAGACCAGUCCCAACGUUCUACUCAGACAGUAGAAGACCAGUCCCAACAUUCUACUCAGACAGUAGAAGACCAGUCACAGCUCUGUACUCAGAGAGUAGAAGGAGAAUGUUACGGAUGUAGUUAUACUCUGAAACACCUCAAUCAUAGAUGGAGAGUUUGUCUAACUACAGUACAAUGCUUUAUAAUGCUAGUUUAACCAUGUUUUGGUGUAACAUCACUGACACUCAAACUGAAGACUCUUCUAUGAAUGAACAUGUUCAUUCAUUUGAUAUGUCUAUAAACCAUA